AUGCGCGCUGCCAUUGAGGAGGUGAUGCCUUCAGCCAAGCAUAGACUCUGUGCAUGGCAUCUGGAGAAAAAUUGUGUCCAACGGGUAAAGGAAGCUGAAUUUCGGAAAGUAUUUAAAAAGGCUAUCUAUGCAAACUUUGAUGUCGACGAGUUCGAGAGAUAUUGGAGGACCUCAAUCGAGUCUCUCAGUCUAGGCCAAAAUACAUGGGUGCAAUCAACAUAUGACAUUAAAGAGAGUUGGGCAACGGCCUAUCUGAGGGGGACCUUUUGCGCCGGAUAUAGGACAACGUCAAGAUGUGAAGGAAUCAAUUCUUUCAUUAAAGCGUUCCUAAAGUCAACGGAUAGCAUUCUUGAACUGGUUCAUAGCUUGGAUAGGGUCAUGAAAGAUUAUCGGAACAAUGAGGUUACUGCACAAUUUUACUCCACUUAUUACACACCCGUGUUAAGUACUGGAUUAGAUGCAAUAGAGUUGUCUGCGUCGAAGCUUUAUACAAGAGCUGUUUUUAGGGAGGUUAAGAAGCAAAUCAAGGGUGUUGCAACGCUAUUGUUUCAGGGAAGGGAGAGCAUCAGCACGACCAUUGUGUAUAGCUUUAGUAAAAUGGGUAGACCGGACCGGGUAUUCAAGGUUCUGUAUGAUCCGAAUGACCGAAAGAUUGAGUGUGAGUGUAAGAUGUGGGACAGUGAUGGCAUACCGUGUUCCCAUAUUUUUUGUGUCAUGAAGUAUGAGGGUAUGGAGGAAAUUCCUGAAACACUUGUCCUUAGGCGCUGUGUAAGAUUGCAAAAGACUGUACAACGUUGA